GGAUACUUAAAUUCUAUAUAAAUUUAUAAUCAAGAGUCACCCAACUUCAUUCAUUCAAGAUGACACAGUUAAUUACAACGGCGACACUGUUCGUUCUUUUGACAGUAGUUCAAGUUGCAUUCGGAGAAUGCAGUAGCAACCUGACCGAGACUAAGGCCAAGUACUUCAACCUGCCGCAGUGCUGUGCCGAUUCCCGUGAUCGUCCCUCGGGCAUCCAGAUCAUCCAGCCCCAGCCGGGCUUUGGUGAGCCGUUUGGUGUGUACUGCGAUCAGGACUACGAAGGUGGUGGCUGGACCGUGAUUCAGAAUCGCUACGAUGGAUCGGUCAACUUCUACCGGGGUUGGAAGCAGUACGAGGAUGGGUUUGGCAGCAUGGAGGGCGAGUUUUGGCUAGGGUUGAAGAAGAUCCACGAGCUGACGUAUUCGAAAAAGUACGAGUUGGUGGUUUUGAUGGACGAUUGGGAAGGUUACCGGGCGGUUGCAAGAUACAGUCGAUUUUCGGUGGCAGGUCCCGAGGAGAAUUAUACGCUGAAAAGUGUUGGAAAUUACUCCGGGACGGCGGGAGAUUCGCUGAGUUUUCAGGUUGGAAUGAAGUUUUCCACCUUGGAUGUGGAUAACGACACGCAUGAAGAUGGAGCCUGUGCCGUUAUGUAUCAAGGGGCGUGGUGGUAUGCGGUGUGUCACCAAAGUUCCGGGGUUCAAACGAUACUUCCCCAGCCUGGUUUUGGACAACCGUUCGACGUGUUCUGCGAUCAGGACUUUGAGAGUGGCGGCUGGACUGUGAUUCAGAAUCGCUUCGAUGGAUCGGUCAAUUUCUACCGGGGUUGGAAGCAGUACGAGGAUGGGUUUGGCAGCAUGGAGGGCGAGUUUUGGCUAGGGUUGAAGAAGAUCCACGAGUUGACGUAUUCGAAAAAGUACGAGUUGGUGGUUUUGAUGGAAGACUGGGAAGGUUACACCGCGAUUGCCAGGUAUAGCAAUUUUUUGGUGGCAGGUCCCGAGGAGAAGUAUAUGCUGAAAAGUGUUGGAAAUUACUCCGGAACGGCCGGAGAUUCGAUGGGUGGACACGCUGGGAUGAAGUUUUCUACACUGGAUCAGAAUAAUAAUAGUGUUAAAGAUAGAUAUUGCGCUAAUAAAUAUCAGGGCGCAUGGUGGUAUGCAUCUUGUCAUACUAGCAAUCUUAAUGGCGUUUACAUGAAAGGAACAGUACCAGAAUUUGCCAUAAUGAUGUGCUGGAAAUCAUUCAAAGGAUAUUAUUACGGACUUAGAACCUCACGAAUGAUGAUUCGAACAGUUAAUUGAUGCAGUCUUCCAAGUCAA